AGGAACAAUAAUAAUGCAAACUCCUCUCUACGUGAAAUCAAAGGACAAGGGGGAAGACCUCAGAACAAACGUACAGGAAGUAGGUGGCGGGGAUAAGUGAAUGAGGAAAUGAUGUAAAAAAGGAGACAGUACCUUAAAUACAGACGCUGCGGUUAGGGAUUGACAGAUCAUGUUAUCACAGAGAAACAAAGGGGAGCUGGCUCGCUUUUACACGAUAACCGAUCCGAAGAGACACAGGAAAGGCUACACGGUUUAUAAAGUGACGGCACGGGUUGUUUCAAGAAGAAAUCCAGAGGAGGUCCAGGAGAUAGUAGUUUGGAAACGUUACAGUGAUUUUAAGAAACUUCACAAAGAGCUCUGGCAGCUUCAUAAAUCUUUAUACAGGCAUCCAGAAUUAUUUCCACCUUUUGCUAAAGGAAAAGUUUUUGGUCGUUUUGAUGAGACUGUGAUUGAAGAAAGAAGACAAUGUGCUGAAGACCUCCUACAGUUCUCUGCUAAUAUCCCAGCCUUGUAUAACAGCAAACCGCUUGAAGAUUUCUUUAAGGAUGGUGAAGUUUACGAUGGAUCAGAGCUCAUCGGGCCAGUAGAUCCCUGUUCAGAGUCACUGAUUGAUAGUUUAUCAGAUGGCAGUACUGAAGCUCGAAAAGACUUGAGUAGCAUUGAUGAUGUCACUAUUAGUAGUCAAUCGGAAUGUGGAGAACAUGACCAACCAGGUUUAUCCAGUGAUAGUGACUUGCUGUCACUGACGGUGGAUGGGGAUUCUCUCACUGAAUGUGAUGAUGGAAUGGCAUCAAAUAGAAGUUCCCCAAGCAGAUAUACAAGACUUAGUUCCACCCCUGAACCUACAAGAUCAGCUACCCUUCCUUAUCAGGAGAGGAGCAAAGAUGAAGCAGAAGGAAGCAAAGGCUUGUGGUCACAACAAAUGGGAAGCCUGAAACUUAGACCAGGGAGAGGAGGUGACUACUUGGCAAAGGCAGGAGAGCAGAUAAAGUUGGCCCUGCAAAAGGAGGCAGAACAAGAUUAUGAAGGUGCCUUCAAUUUCUACAGGAAUGGAGUUGAUCUGCUUCUUCAGGGAGUUCAAGGCGAACCAAGCCCCAGUCGUCGAGAAGCAGUGAAAAGGAAGACUGCAGAGUAUUUGAUACGUGCAGAACAGAUUUCUACUCAGUAUCUCAGGACAUCCAUGGAAAAUGGAUCAAUUCAUUCAAUGCCUCCGGGACCACUAAGUUCAAGGCCUGCUUGGAAUCCGAGGAAUCCUGCAGAGGAGCUGAAGGCCUUCAGAGUCCUUGGGGUGAUUGACAAGGUUUUACUUGUAUUGGAUUGCAGAACAGAGGAGACCCUCAUUUUAAAAAGUCUGAGGAAAAGCAGCGAGUGCAGUAGGAAAAGAAAGACCAUCAUUCCCCACUGUGUACCCAACAUGGUGCAAUUGAAGAAGCAAAUCAUCUCUGAAGACUCCAUCUUUCUUUUGCUGCAGUAUGCAGAAGGGGGUAAACUGUGGUCCUAUGUAAGCAAAUUUCUCCAGAAAAGGUCUGAAGAAAGUUUUGAAUCUCAUGACUUGGACGAACAUGGUCCCAAAUCAGCCUCUGUACACUGUAGUUUUACCAUGGACCAGUCAAGCACCGAAGGCAUGAACAGCAGUGUAGGCUCAGUGGGGAGUGACCUUGAAAAUAUGCUUCAGGGCCUCCCUUUGAAGAGUAACCCGACUUCAAGUUCACAGGAUGAUAGCAGUGCCCCAGAUGAAGAUACUCAGGACAAUUCACAGGAGCUGUUAGGAUCACCAUCAUCGGAAUCUGAAGCAGUUGAAGAAUGUACCAGUAGCUAUCUUACAUUGUGCCAUGAAUAUGAACAGGAGAAAAAAGAGCCUGACAGUCUAACUUCUGAAACCUUUCCAACAGUUUGUGAAGAUGUGCCUGGAGGCUCCACGGACAUGGAAAUGACCUCACGGUCACAUUCUCUUCUCAGUAACGACAGUCUUUGUUCCCCUACUACAAAUCCAGAGCUCUUGCUCUUCACAGAGGACAUUAGCACUGAGGCUUUUAGCCCAACAAAAACCUCUGAGUCUCUAACUCUGUCCAAAAAUAGUCCAAUGGAAUUUUUCAGAAUCGAUAGCAAGGAUAGUGCAAAUGAACUGGUAAGUUUUGACCUUGCAGAAAAUUUUCGAAAUACAAAAACAGAAUCAGCACCAAUUUUUAAUCUGGUGUCUGGAGUAGACAAUAACAAGAACAAUUUUGACACAAGUGGCAUUAAGCUGGAGUCAGUUGUCUUUUUGGCCCCUGAUACUUGCAGCAGAGGAUCAUCAAAUGAUUCUGUACCAGUUAUCUCCUUUCAGGAUGCAGCAGGCGGCGAUACAAGUAGCUGCGAGGAAGGUAGGCCUGACCUACUAGUGAAUUUGCCUGGUGUUAUAGAGGACGGUGAGACAGUUGGACUUCUUUUAUCUGAUAAAUGCGGCGAGACUAACAUUGAUAAUUCAGAGAAUAGACUCUAUGAAAAACCUGACGUUUUACAAAUUGUUAAUUAUAAUAUUGAUCAUUGCGUGAAUUCACAAGGAGCACUGAAAGAAAUUUUACCAAAGGAAGAUGGCUCUUGUGAUACAGGCAUAGAUAAUAUAUCAAUGCAACAGCUACAACUUUCUGAGAAUGUAAAGGAACAAGACCCAUACAAGCAAAUCAAUGCCAGUCUGCAUGUUGAGAAAGAAAAGGAAGAACUUAAUUCCUUGUUUGCCAUCACCCAUGCUGAAAAUAUGCCGUCAUGUAUGACUGUUGCAUCUGGUAGUGUCUCAAAGUCGGAACACAUUCAUAGAAAUCUGAGCCCGAUUCCUCAACUCCAUGACCAAGCCAGUCCUUAUGGUACAGAAUCAGGUGAAAAUAGUUCAAUUUAUUCUGAUCACAAAGAGGUUUCCUUAAAUGUGAAAGAAAAAUAUACAUAUGAAAAAGAUAUUUCCGGUGAAGAGCAGACAUAUGGAGAACACACCCAUAGCUGUGGCCAAGACAAUGUCCCACAUUCUGAGGACGUAAGUGAAAAGGCAGAGACAGAAAACCACAUUGUCACAAAAUCAGAUGGAGAUCAGCUAGUAUCACACAUGUUUAAAGAGCUGGAAGAAAGUUUUGUGCAAGCUUCCAAUGCUUACAUUCCAGAGAGCUCCAUUCAAUAUUGGGCAGCAGAGAUAGCUGUAGCCCUUGAUGCACUUCAUCGAGAAGGAAUCAUAUGCCACGAUUUGAACCCAAACAACAUCUUGCUGAAUGACAAAGGACACAUUCAACUGACGUAUUUUAGCAGAUGGAGUGAGGUUGACGAUUCCUAUGACAGCGGUGCCAUAGAGAAAAUGUACUGCGCCCCAGAGGUUGGUGGGAUAGCAGAAGAAACUGAAGCUUGUGACUGGUGGAGUCUUGGUGCAAUUUUGUUUGAACUCUUCACUGGAAAACCUCUGUUUCAGUGCCAUCCAGCUGGAAUAAAUACACACACAGCUCUAAACAUGCCAGAUCACAUGUCAGAGGAAGCCAGAUCAGUGGUGCAGCAGCUUUUGCAGUAUAAUCCCAGUGAGAGGCUUGGUGCUGGUGUGUCAGGUUUUGAAGAUAUCAAAUCACAUCCAUUCUUCAGCACAAUGGACUGGUCCAGAGUAAUGAGGUAAAGAACUAAUGCAAAGGAAGCAUCGUCAUUACUGCACUAAUCAAGAUUGUACUUCAGGGUGCGCACACCAUGCCAAUUCCCAGGGAAUGAGACUGCCGUUCCAUCAUUUAAGUAGUGAAUUGUUUAACUGCUAUUGGGCAAAAAGAACAACUUGAAUUUUGAAGGACUAUUUUGUUAUGCGUAAAUUUGCAUUACAGGCACCUCAGGUGCUGUAUUCUGGAUCACGUUGCAGAAUCUGGAAUGACUACUUCUGUGAAUAAAUGUAUAUAAAAUAGGAAAAUCCAGCAAGACUAGAAAAGCAUUGUAUUCUUUAUGUACACAAUACCUAUUUAUUUAUAGAACAUAGUUUGUGGUGCAGUAACAUAUUGGAUUUAGCUUGUCACUAAUGAGGGUAAUUUCUGCUGACUAUUGUUACUAAUUACUGUUCUUAUUACAUGAACCAAUUAAUUGCAGGGUAUAGAUUAGAACCAUCUAAAUAAAGUGGUUUACAAAUUA